AUGAAAAAAAAAUUUAAAAAGUCAAAAUUUGGACCUGCUCAGGGUUCCCGAAAUCGUGGAAAUGGGCCUUGUGUAGACCUGACCACCUACUACUCUGUGGAAGAAGAUUACGACGGAAAAUCUGACGAUGAAGGAAGUAAGUACUGGAUGGUGGAGGAUUUGGAGCAGACCUUGAAGCUCCGAUCUGAUGCUCAGGAAGAUCAGAUGCUGGUGGGGAAGAUCCAGAAGGAUCAGAACUCAAGUGGCUCCAAAUCUGGAAAAGUGCUGGUUAAUCUGAAGCUCCAAGCUGAUAGUUCUCAAAUAUCAAAUGAUCAGAAUCUGGUUGGAAAGAUCCAGAAGGACCAGAAGAUUCAAGCUGAUGAAAGCACCCGAAAAUCUAAAGAUCUGAGCUUAGACCUAAGUGAUUCAAAAACUGGAAUUGCUUUGGUCAAGCUCCAAGCUGAUGGCUCCCAGAGCUCGGAGGACCAGAAAAAAAACUGGUUGGGAAGAUUCAGAAGGAUCAGAAUGCAGAAUCUUACGUAG